AUGGAGAUAGGGAAGUUUCUCCUUGUUGCUAUUUCACUGGCUCUGGUUUUUGGGCUCGUCCAGAGCUUUGAAUUCACCGAAAAGGACUUGGCUUCCGAGGAGAGUCUGUGGGACUUGUAUGAGAGGUGGAGGAGCCACCACACAGUUUCCAGAGACCUUACUGAGAAACAGAAGCGUUUCAAUGUGUUCAAGGCAAAUGUGAUGAACAUUAACAAGGUGAAUAAGAUGGACAAGCCUUACAAACUGAAACUCAACAAAUUUGGAGAUAUGACCAACCAUGAGUUCAAAAGCUCCUAUGCAGGCUCCAAGAUCAACCACCACAAGAUGUUUCGUGACAGCAGUAGGGGUGGCAAUGGCCGGUUUAUGCACGAGAAGACUGAAAAUUUGCCACCAUCGGUUGAUUGGAGGAAGAAAGGAGCUGUCACUAGUGUCAAGGACCAGGGCAAAUGUGGAAGUUGCUGGGCAUUUUCAGCUGUAGUUGGAGUUGAGGGUAUCAACCAAAUCAAAACAAAUAAGUUAGUAUCGUUAUCUGAACAAGAGCUUGUUGACUGUGAAUCCGAUAACCAAGGCUGCGAUGGAGGAUUAAUGGAAAACGCAUAUGAGUUUAUCAAGAAAAAUGGAGGAGUGACAACAGAAAGGAUAUAUCCUUACCAAGCUAGAGAUGGGACUUGUGAUGCAUCAAAGCUGAAUUCUCCAGUGGUGAUGAUUGAUGGGCAUGAAAGUGUACCUGAAAAUGAUGAGAAUGCCUUGAUGAAAGCUGUUGUAAACCAGCCUGUGUCGGUUGCGAUAAAUGCUGGUGAUUCUGAUAUGCAAUUCUACUCAGAGGGAGUAUUCACCGGAGACUGUGGCACAGAACUAGACCAUGGCGUGGCAAUUGUUGGCUAUGGAACUGCCAACGAUGGGACUAAGUACUGGAUAGUCAAGAACUCCUGGGGCCCCGAAUGGGGAGAACAGGGAUACAUAAGGAUGCAACGUGGUAUCGAUGCAGAAGAGGGACAGUGUGGCAUAGCCAUGGAGGCCUCAUACCCCAUCAAAUUGUCCUCAGACAACCCGAAAAGCGCUCCACUUAAAGAUGAACUCUAG